AUGUCAUAUUUGGUUGCCUUUCAUGUUAAUCAGAAACAUCAGAACAAGGUCAAGUCAGAGUUUAAUGCCUAGGUUGUUUAAAUGGAUUAUAUCUUCUCUCAGGGAAAAGCUCCAACACAAAUUUUAGUCUCUGCACUUUUGACUGCUAAAUCACUCACCAAUCCACUAUCAAUGGGUGUGGCGCCUAUUGCUAAUCUUGCAAUUAAAAAUAUGGAUGCGAGAUUUGCCCAGGAGAAGUUUAGUAGAAAAAUUGGAUAGCAGUAAUUGCUGAUAAUGAUUAAGAUCUGCAAUAAAGUACAUUUAAAACAUGCCAAGGUAUUUUUUGAAAUAACAACGAUAUUAGAAUGUAAGUCAGGAUAUGAAUGCUAAAAAUGUUCUAAAGAUGAUAUAACUAAAUGUACAUAAUGCAACCAUCCAACUAAUCAGAAAUCAUUGCUAACAGAAAAUACUGAAAAUCCAUGCACAUCCUAGAUUGAUGUCUGUCUAGAUGUUACGAGUGAGUAAAAUUGCAAAACAUGCAUCUAUGGCUACAGCAUAUUUACUGAUGAUAAUGGAAAUUAAAAAUGCCUUAAAUGCGAAAAUGAUUCACUAAAUACAGAAAGUAUUAUAAUAAGAUGCAAUUUCUCUGUUAAUGCAUUGACAGGUCUACCAUAAUAAGAAUAAAUUACAGCUUGUUUAGAUGGAUUUUUUGAUCCUCUAAAAAAUACGUGCACAACAAAUUGUGGUAUCGGGAGGUAUGGAUAGGUAACUUUCAAUGACAGAGGCAUGAUCGACUCUGCAAUUUGCAAUGCUUGUGAUGAUAAUUGCUUCGAGUGUGCGACUAAAUCAGAAUGCUCAUCAUGCAAAAAGGGUUUUUAUUUAUUCACCUCGUCAAAUUAAGUUACAACUGGUUAAUGUCUCAAAAAAUCAGGAACAGCUGAGUUUACCCUUUAUGUUGAUAGCAUUUUUGGCAGGCAUACAACUAAUGAGACUACUGGUAUGACUCUUGAUGAUCCAUUUUAUUCACUAUAAAGUGCAAUAUCAAAAGCUUAUGAGUAUGGAGCAAUAUACGAGAAAUCUGUCAUCAAAAUAAUACUUGUAUCAGGGAAAACUCACUCUAUGCUAAGAUAUUAUGACAACAUUCUUCUACCUAGAGCCUAUGAUUAAAAUUCAUAAACAACAACCAUCAAAAUUGACACUACCGAUAAAACAUAAGUUAAAGUUCUAUAUAAACUAAGAGAUAAAUACACUUUCUUAGUAGGUGGAGGAUUAGAGAUAAGAAAUAUAGAAUUUGACGCAAUUGAUUCAAUUAUAGACUCUAGAUAUACCAAUUUGAAUAUCACACUUUUAAGUUCUAAUGAAUACGCUUGCUUGGAAGAUUUAUUUAGUAACUGUUGCAGAUUUUAAAAGGACGAUUCUAGUGGAAAGUACGUGGUAAGUGGACCUGAUUUCUGCUAUCUAAAAAUACUGCCAAAUGAUUAGUGUCAUCUGCCUAUUGGUGGUUCAUUAAUAUAGUUUGAUAUCUCUAGUUAAACAUCUUUGGCUUCACCUUAAAAUGUUAGGUUUGAGAACUUUAUUUAUGAUUUCAACACUAUAAUAGAGUUAAAUGAUUUUGGUGGACACAUUAGCCUGAUUAAUACUAGUUUCAUCAAUAUCAAUUCAUGCGGGAGUGUCAUUAGAAAUAAGAGAUUUGAUCAUGUUUACAACUAUCUUUAGCAAGGUUUUAUUCUCUAAAAAAUGCUAGAUUCCUUUGAACUACUCAAAAGCAAGCUGCCAGAAUCUGAUAUCUUUUAAAAUUUAUGUGGCCAAUCUAUGAAUAUACCAUGCUUUAGUUUAAACAUAUCUGGAGGUACAGUUAAGGACUUUGGCAAGAUGAUUAAUUUUAGUUAAGCUCAAUUAUGGGUAAAUCCGUAACUAAAGUUGAAAAAUCUGGGAUAAUUCUUAGACAUAGAUAAUUUUUAAGGUCCAGUAAUAAUCCAAAAUGUAGAUUUCACCAGCAACCUUGCAGUAAAUCUUGACUAUGAUUUAUCAAAGAAAAUCCUUCAAAAUGACUAAUCAGAAUUGGACUAAUAUUAAAAAUAUGGAGACAAAUCUGCUAUUCAAAUUAGAUCAUUAGUAUCUAUAGUUAAUCAUGGUGAAUACAAAGUUGAGAUAUUAAAUAAUUAAUUCAUAUUGAAUUCAGGCACAAAAGGGAUUUUGUAUCUUGACUUAAAUCAUAGAAGGGAGGAUAGCAAAUUGCUAAUUUAGUUAAACCAAUUCAACAAUAACUUUGGUAUGAUUUAAAGUAAUGCUCUAUAUAUUAGAGCACGAGGUCUAGUAGAUAAAGACGUCUAUCAAUAAUCUCUAGACAUUUAGCAAGAUAACUGCCUUGGUUAUGAGAUAAAAAAUAAUAUUUUCAAUAAAAAUUUUGGAUUCUAGGGAAUUUCUGGAGGACCUAUAUAUUUUGAAUGUACAAACUACUAAAUUCAAGAAGAUGUCAGUGGAUUUAUUGAACUUACUUAAUUUUAGGAAACAAUUGAUGAAAUUCAUGGUUCGCUUAAUCUGAAUAGCCUUGAACUUGAAAACUAUAGUUUGACUUUAGAUGGAAAUACUUACAUUGACAAUUCUGCUUCAAAAUAAAAUGGAAUAGUAAACAUCAUAAAUGUUAAAAAGCUCAAAAUAUUAAAUGAGGUAUAUAUCAAUAAUACUGAUGCAUUCUUUUAAAAAUCAACUAUUCUUGCUAAAAACAUACUUCAAGAAUACAUGCCCUAGGAUACAAAUGAAGAGAUAAAUAUAACUGGCAUUGAUUUCGAUUCAAAUCUAGCUAAAUCACUUAUUAAUAUAUAAAGGUCUAGAUAUGUAUUUAUAAAUUCAAUCAACUUUGAUUCUAAUUACUUGAUAGAGCCAGACUCAAGCUAUAAUAGAGCUCAAGCAAUAUAUUUUACUGAUAUAAUGGCAGCUUGCUAAGUAUAAUUCAAACAAAUAUUAACACAUAUUAACUAAGAAAUAGUAGCUAUGACAAUUGGUAUUUAAAAGAUUCAACUUUUAGAUAGAAUUCUAUUGCCAGCAUCGGUAGCUUAUUAGGCAUUCCGCUGA